UAUCAAAUUUUCUCUUCCAUUUCCUUGUCACUCCGAACAUGGACAGAACAAUAUCUAUGGCGGUAACAACCACAGUUUGCGGUCUCUCUCCGGCGCUUAACUCUCAUUCUCUCUCAUCGUCCACAGCAGACCUUCACCGACCCACUAAUUCUCUUCUCUCCUUCAACUCCUUCAAACCCUUUUCUUCUUCCAAGCCACAACCCACCAUCAAUCUCUCCAGGCUAAUCCUUUCUCAUAGAAAAACAAAGCGCGGACCGAAGAUAUUGGUGAUUUCUGGAAACUCUGAGACAUGCCCAGAAUCCGAACCAAACGAUUCCAACUCGGAAGCAACAGUUGACAUAAAACUGCCCAGAAGAAGUUUGCUUGUGCAAUUUACUUGCGAUUUGUGUGGUGAAAGAACACAGAGGCUUGUAAAUCGACUAGCCUAUGAGCGAGGACUUAUAUACGUGCAGUGUGCAGGGUGCCUUCAGCAUCACAAGUUAGUUGAUAAUCUCGGCCUCGUGGUUGAGUACGACUUACGGGAGGAAAUAAAUGCAGACAGAAAUGAAGAUGACGUUUGACCCUGAUAACAACAAACCAUGGCUUGUAUAAGGUUGCUAGGCACGGUAGCCUAUUGCAGUUGCUAGAAUGAGAAUGGCUACUCCAGUUCUUAUCGACAUCCCAGACCAUCCUCCUUGAAGACGCAGCGUAUUUCCUCCGUUCUGAGCCAAAAGGAAUAAGGGCCUUUUAAAUCAUUUGAGAUUCUUAGUUCAUGCUAAUA